CCCGGCCAUGGGGAGCAGCAGCACCAGGCUUGCGCUGCUGACGCUGUCGCUGCUCCUGCAGCCCACGUCCCAGUUCUGGCUCUUCAAUGUCCUCUUUCCACCCACCACCACCCCAGAAGCUCCUCCGACCAACAGCACACCACCCGUGGUACUCGUGCCCGGAUGUCUCGGGAACCAGCUGGAAGCAAAGCUGGACAAGCCAGAUGUGGUGAACUGGAUGUGCUACCGCAAAACCGAGGACUAUUUCACCAUCUGGCUCAACCUCAACACCUUCCUGCCAGUGGGAGUUGACUGCUGGAUCGAUAACACCAGGGUGGUGUACAACCGAACCUCUCGGAAAAUGUCUAAUGCCCCGGGCGUGCACAUCCGUGUGCCUGGCUUCGGCAAGACCUAUUCUGUGGAAUAUUUGGACCAGAGCAAGCUGGCAGGUUACCUGCACACCCUGGUGCAGAACCUGGUGAACAAUGGCUACGUGAGGGACCAGACAGUUCGGGCAGCUCCUUACGACUGGAGGGUUGGGCCCCAGGAGCAGCCCGAGUACUUCCAGAACCUGAAGGCACUCAUUGAGGAGAUGCACGAUGAGUACCAGCGCCGUGUCUUCCUCAUCGCACACAGCAUGGGCAACCUGAACAUCCUCUACUUCCUGCUGCAGCAGACACAAGCCUGGAAAGACCAGUACAUUGGGGGCUUCAUCUCCCUGGGAGCCCCAUGGGGAGGGUCUGUCAAGCCCCUCCGUGUCCUGGCAUCUGGUGACAAUCAGGGCAUCCCACUCAUGUCCAACAUCAAGUUGCGUGAAGAGCAGCGCAUGACCACCACCAGCCCCUGGAUGUUCCCAACAAGUCUGGCCUGGCCCAAGACCCAUGUUUUUAUCUCCACACCCUCCUACAAUUACACCUACCAGGACUACAAACAAUUCUUCACCGAUGUCAACUUGGAGGAUGGCUGGUAUAUGUGGGAGGACAUGAAGGACUUGCUGAAGGACUUGCCCCCUCCUGGGGUGGACACAUAUUGCCUCUAUGGCACAGGCUAUCCCACUGUGGAGACUUACAUAUAUGAUGAGCACUUCCCUUAUGAGGACCCUGUGGACAUGAUCUAUGGUGACGGGGAUGACACUGUCAACACACGCAGUUCACAGUUGUGCAAGCGAUGGCGUGACCAGCAAAAGCAGAAGGUGCAUGUCAAGGAGCUGCGUGGUGUUGACCACCUCAACAUGGUCUUCAGCAACCUGACACUCAGCUCCAUCAACGAAAUCCUGCUGGGGAGAGCACAGGAUCAGGGGGAGCCAGUGCAGGGGAGAUCCAUUCCAGAUGCCAGGAAGGCAGGGAAGAUCCUACCUGGGCACAAGGUCCUUGAGGAACCUAAAAAGAACUAA